CCAAUCAAACCAUUGCAAUAGAGUGCAUUGACCAACCUGCUGCUGGUGCCAUUUCUAGUAAAGAGCGAGUCAGUUGGAUAGAUGUUGCUUCCGCGUUUGUACUAUCAAGUGUAAAUCGAAUAGAAGAGCUCCUCAAUGCAAUCAAAGUUGUUUUACCACUCAUCUAACUAAAAUGGCGUCGCUGUUUAUCAUUUAGUUAUCAUUCUUUAAGUGAACGUCCCUCAGUGAUCGCAUCCGAGUGAGUCAUAAACCAACAUAGCAAUGACAUUUUUAUAGCACAAAGUGAGAAUACGUUUAAUCGUUGUAGAAGACUGGCAAGUGUGAUUUACAUAGCACAAUAAUGCGCGAAUUCAAAGUGGUCGUGCUGGGCUCGGGUGGGGUCGGAAAAAGUGCUUUAACUGUACAGUUUGUGUCCGGAUGUUUUAUGGAAAAAUAUGACCCCACCAUAGAAGAUUUUUAUAGGAAAGAAAUAGAAGUGGAUAACUCUCCAUGUGUUUUGGAAAUAUUGGAUACAGCGGGAACAGAACAAUUUGCUUCCAUGAGAGAUCUGUACAUAAAGAAUGGCCAAGGCUUUGUUGUUGUAUAUUCCUUAACAAAUCAUCAAACUUUUCAAGAUAUUAAACCAAUGAAGGAGUUGAUAACUCGCGUUAAGGGGUCAGAGCGUGUACCUAUUUUGUUAGUGGGUAAUAAAGCUGAUUUGGACCAUCAACGCGAAGUUUCGCAGACUGAGGGUUCGGCGCUGGCGCAGAUGUGGGGCUGCCCAUUCGUGGAAGCUUCAGCGAAAAGUCGCACUAACGUCAACGAAAUGUUUGCUGAAAUAGUGCGUGAAAUGAACGUUAGCCCUGAAAAGGAUAAGAGACCUUAUUGUUGUUGUACAGUGCUUUAAUAUUUAGUGUGUAAUGUGGCAUUUAUUUCUCGUAAGACUGCAAGGGCGUAAGGGCAUAGAGGGAGAACGCCCGCCUCAGCACAAGGGCCGCUCGCCUCCGGCGGGACCUGACCAGCGGCGCAGAGGCCUAGGUUGCAGGACCUUCGUCGGUCCCGCGACAAUUGCGAAGCGCGUCAUAUCACGUUGUUAAUAUCUUUGAUACAUACCAUUGUCCAAUUGAGGUGCUUUAUCUUAUAUUUUCAUACUUUAGUACUGGUAGAAACUCCCGCAGUAACCUUUUUCAUGAAGAAUAUAUAUUAUUUCUUAUUGGAAUAUUUUAUGUUCAGCUUGAAGUAAUUUUCAUUAUUAAAUUAUUUUACUCUUUAUAUUUAAAUUAAAUGUAAAAGCUGUAUCAGAUGUUGCAACCACAAUAAUAUUUGUAUUGUAAAAUAAUAUUAGUCAACUUUGUAUAUAAUUUCAUGAGAUUAAUGAUGUGGAAGGACAUGGAAGGUUUUAGAGAAUAAAAAGCCAUCCAAAUAUGCAAUAAUCUUAUAAUGAUUGUGUAGAGUGAAGUGCGAUGAGUAAGCGUUUACACCUAAGUCAUCAUGCUGAUUGUGUUUUAAUGUGUAAAUUGUUUAUAUAUGAGAAAUCAAUAAUCAAGGAAAUACAGACGGACAUUUGUCAGUUGCGUGAUUGUGUUUUAAAGUCUACCAGGAUUUGUGAUAAUACAUAUAACAAAGUAUCUAUAAUAAAAGUUUUAAGUGGGAGAUAA